AGCCCUGAAGCAACAUGGCUUUGAAUGGAGAUGACGAGGACUUUGAGUGGGAGCCUCCAACAGAGGCGGAGAUGAAGGUGAUCCAGGCUCGAAGGGAGCGACAAGACAAAAUCAGCAAGCUGAUGGGAGAUUACCUGCUGAAAGGAUACAAAAUGCUGGGAGAGUGCUGCGAUGUAUGCGGGACUAUUCUUCUUCAGGACAGACAGCAGAAAAACUACUGUGUCUCGUGUCAGGAGCUGGACUCUGAUAUUGACAAGGACAACCCUGCUCUGAAUGCCCAGGCUGCGUUGUCUCAGGUGAGAGAGAGGCAGCUUGCAGCCCAGUCCCCUGCACCGUCCCAGGCCCCUGAACUCAAUGGAGGUCCCUCCAGCAGUCAGCCAAGUGUGUCAGUUCCUCAGCCCAGACCGGAGCACUGUGAGGGGGCUGCCGCUGGGGGAAGAGGCCUCCUGCCUCCACCUGCUGUCCCUUCUCCUUCAGCUGCCCCCUCCACCGCAGCCCUGGCGCCCGCUCGUCCCGCUGUUAGUCCACAGAGCCCUGCCCUCCGACCGGUGUUGCAAGAAGCUGAGGAAGCUGUUCUCACCAAACUUCGCUGGGCCACUACCCAGUUGCAGGGUUCAGCCUCCCUGGAGGCAAGUAUCCAGCUCUGCAGCCUCAUCACCAGCUGUGCCAACUCACUGCGCAGCCUCAAGGAGCUCAGCCAGUAACCACAGCGGACUAGCUGAAACUAUGGGGUGAUGGGAACGCUGUUUCUACUUGCCUCUGUCUUGGAAUACUGACUCUGGUUCAGCAUCUCUCUUUUUGUCUGAAUCCUUGCUUAGAGCUGAAUUCAAAAUUGGUCAGAAAAUGCACUUGGAAAGAGGAUAAAAAUGUCGAAAGUGCGCAGGUUACUCCUGGGUUAAUGUAGUUAAACAGCUGGCAGAAAUAUCGUGUUACAUGCUCAUUUCAAUGUUUUUGUCAAUUUGUAAAUUAUAAUUACAAAAAUGCAACAUUUUCAAACCAUCAGGCAUAAAUGAAUUCAUCAUUUUACCACAGAAAAAACAGUGCUUACAUGUGCCCAUAGCUGGUUGGCUCUGGUUAAUCCACACUCCUGGGAAAAUUGAAUUUUUCUUCGAUUGGUUGUUUGCCAAAAAGGGUGCUGGUUUGUCAAUCACCAAAUAUGAAAAAAAGCUUAAAAAAAAAAAAAAAAAGUUCCAGUGCACACAUGUCUGUAUAGUGUGUCUGUACAGGAGGAGUCUGUGCUGACAGACAACAUGCUGCUGGAUUGUAGGACAUGAAGUAAAAUUUAUAGCAUGUUGUGAAACACACCAGACUUCUAAAUAUGGCCCUGGUUUCUCACAGAAACAGUUAUUUUUUUCUAUUUGCUGCUCACUCUGACUCCCACACAGAUUUCCGUUGUCUCCGACCUUCUGUUAUUGCAAAGAUUAGUUAUUGUGCGCUGAGGUUAAAUAUAUUUGAUGCAUGAUGGUCAUGUGGUUCGGUGACGCUCAGAUGAGACAGUGAAGCACUCAGGAGUCAGAUUCAUUAUUCAUUGAAACCAUCUGAAGUAAAAUAACUGUGCAUUGUACAUCAAUAGACUGCACUUCAUGUUAGACUAGCCAGCUUCAGUGUUGAUCAAGGUAGUUAGAGUUUUCUAAGAAUAUGCCAGAAUAAAGCUUUUCCUCUUCAGGAAUUCUGCAGCUUGUUUCUUUCCACAAGAGGGCGCAAAACUUCCAAGAACAAUGCCAUAAAGUUUGUUAAUUGAACUGUUGUGUGUUGAAGCAAGUACAGUUUUAAGUAUCAAUAAACAAGUAAAAUGCA